UGUUCUUCGGAUACAUAUAAAAAGCCUGGGCAUCUCAUGACUCUUCAGGAGCAGUGAAAGUGCUAUAUUAAGCCCUGUACUGUACAUUGCAGCAUACGAGAAAGACUGUAACCUCCGAACAUGUUGACCAGGAACAUUAUCAUCUUCUGGACACUAGCAGUGCUGCUGGUUGAAGCAGACCUAGAUGCAGGUCUUCAAGCCAUGUCUACAGGAACAGAUCAGGACUCCACCUCUGAUGAGGCUCCAACUGUUAUGUCCUUUAUGAUUAUCUUCACAGAAAGCAUGAACUCUGUGUCACCUGACCAGCCCAACGAUGAGCCACAGCAUUAUAAUGGCGCCACAGCUGACGCGAGCAGCACGAGUGCAGAAGCAGGUCAGGCUGCUGGGCCUCAAGUCAAUGAUGUGACAGCAGCUGAUGGAGCCAAAUCCAGCACUGAAGAACAAGACGAGAAUGAGAGUCCAGAGUCAGAAGAAGUGGUGAAGGCAGCUCCAGUGCAGCGCGCUACUAAAUCACAAACUGCAAACCAACGCAAGCGCAGUAAGCCCGUUGUGGCCUCCAAAAAGAGGACGAGACCCCUUCGCCCGUGAAAAAAAGGCCUACGAAGUACGCACAUUGAGGAUGCAGGACUACGAUGAGAGGAAAGAAUGAAGCAAUCCUGUAUUACGUGGCAUUUUGUUUAUUGCUUUAUUUUUAUUUUGUUGCUUUAUUUCAAUAACCACGAUUUAGAUGUGAUUCUGUUGUGAUGUACUGUACUGACUGUUUUUGUUUGUUUGCUUAUGGUUCUAUUUGUUGUGAAACUAGCAUUCAGCACAGUCUCAAGGGUGUUUCUCAAUUAAAUCACUCUUCAAAUACGGGGACAAAGCUUGUCAGUCAGGGGUUAAUUCAUAAACAAGACAGCCAACAUCAUCUCAGAUUACAGUCAGGCUUUUGUGGUAGAAGUCUAUUUCGGAUUGGAAUAUAACAUUCUAGGUGUUAACAUUUAUCAUCAGGAAAAUACCAAACAUCUCUCAGAUGCCCGGACUUGAUCAUGCUAUAUUUUCACUGGUGCUAGUUACAUGAAUACCGUGUGUUCAGACUAGCCAUAGCUUCUUAGGAACAGUAGUUAAAAUUUUUUUGUUUGUUUGUUUUUGUUUAUUUUUU